AGAGAGAGUGUGUGUGCCGAGUUUACACAUCAGCUAAGAGAACACAAAAGAGAAAAUAAGCAGAGAAACCGACGAAAAAAAAAAAGAAAGCACAGGGAGACGAGAGAGUAUCUUCUCUCUAUUCAAUUUGGUUAUAUCUACAACCUCCCUGUCACUCUAUCAGUUUCUCCUUCCUCUGUUGUUUGAGAGUUGAUUUAUCUUUCUCUCUCUCUCUCUCUCUCUCUUCUCAAUCUUGAAUAAGGGGAGGGAAGGGAGAGAGAGCAGAAGAGGAGGAGAAGAGGGGAAAGGAGAAGACGAGGCUCCUGUUGUUUUGAUUGCUUUAAAAAAGAAGAGGGAUACGAAGGUGUCUGUGUGGUCAGUGAAUAAUGGGAAGCACUGGUGCUGAUAAAGUUCCAAGAGAUAGUGAAACUGAAGGUUCUGAGACCACAAUAGAAAUAAAAAUAAAAACACUGGACUCUCAGACUUAUACUUUGAGAGUAGAUAAACAGAUGCCAGUGCCUGCACUAAAAGAACAGAUUGCUUCUGUAACUGGUGUGUUAUCAGAGCAACAACGACUAAUAUGUCGUGGGAAAGUUCUAAAGGAUGACCAACUACUUUCUGCUUACCAUGUCGAGGAUGGUCACACAUUGCACAUGGUGGUCAGGCAGCCGGUUCCACCAUCAUCUGAUGGCUCACCUCAUUCAGCAAAUGAUUCUGCAUCAGGUACAAGCCGUGGUCACAGUAAUCAUGUAGCCCCUAGUGUUGUGAUAGAAACUUUUAAUGUGCCUGAUCAAGGGGAUGGAGUUCCUCCUGAGAUCAGUCGGAUUGUCUCUGCCGUUCUUGGCUCUUUCGGAUUUGCAAAUAUAGGAAGUGGAAAUAUUGGGGGUGAUGUCAGGGAACAUGGUUCACAAAGACUUGAAAGAACAUCUGGUGCUAGUGGCAUGCCAGAUUCAUCCCAAGCUCAAACGGAACAAGCUAGCAUGAGGGGUCAAUCUGAUAGAGUACAUAGUGCUUUUGGACUUCCAGCAGCAGUUUCCUUGGGGCCUCUGCAACCUCCUGUUAUUCCUGAUUCUUUGGCAACUUUGUCCCAAUAUCUGAGUCAUUUACGACGUGAAUUUGAUGGCAUUGGUAGAGCUGGGGGAGAGGAUCCUCAGGCAGCAUCCUUGAGUAGGACUGGAGAUAGAGAUUCUAACCCUGCAUCAAAUUCAGGGACUGUACAGGAAGGUCUUCCAACACCUGCAUCUUUGGCAGAAGUGUUACUCGCUACCAGACAACUGCUCAUUGAACAAGCUGGAGAAUGUCUACAACAACUUGCAAGGCAACUGGAGGAUCAAGGAAAUGUGACGGACUCCUCAGCACGGCUGAGUGCACAGUCCAUUGCUUGGAGAACUGGAGUUCUAUUACAGAACCUAGGCUCACUUUUCCUUGAGCUUGGUCGUACAACCAUGACAAUUCGCUUAGGUCAAACACCGUCUGAAGCUGUUGUUAAUGCUGGACCUGCAGUUUUCAUAUCCCCUUCUGGUCCGAAUCCUCUCAUGGUUCAGGCUCUUCCUUUUCAACCAGGAACUAGCUUUGGUGCCUUUCCCAUGGGAACUGUACAGCCUGGAUCUGGUUUGGUUAAUGGACUUGGGACAGGGCUUCUUCCUAGGCGUAUUGAUAUACAAAUAAGAAGAGGUUCAUCGGUGGCAACACCCAAUGUUAAUCGAGAGGAACGUGGUGAUACUGCACAACAAUCGGGCCAAAGGAACCCAUCAAUGGGUUCUGGCAGUGAGAAUCGUAGCACUCAAACAAGUUCAAGGGUCUCAGAUACUCCAUCUUUUGCUGGGGAAUCAGGAGUGCGGGUAGUGCCAAUUAGGACCAUGGUUGCGGCUGUACCCACUCCCUUUGGUCGCUUACCGUCAGAUUCUUCUGGUAAUUCUGUGGGAUUAUACUACCCAUUCCUUGGAAGAUUCCAGCACAUUGCUUCCGGACAUGUUAGUGGGGAACGGGGAUCUCAGGGAUCUGGUGAGAAUCUCUCCCAUGGUGUUCAAUCUGAGCAGCACCUUAUUCCUGAAUCUACAGCGCAACAACAAAGUUUCGAAGAGUCAACUAGAGAUGGUUCAUUGCCAAAUCCUAAUUCAAGACAACAGGAGCGAUCCAAUACUCGCAGUGUCAGUAUAAACAUUCUAGCAGCUGGCCGGACUCAAAACAACCAAGACUCAGAGAGACAAAUUCCUAGUAGUGUUCAGUUUCUGAGGGCAAUUUUCCCUGGUGGUGAAAUCAAUGUAGAGGAAGCAAGUGUACAAGGAGCAGCUACAGGUUCUGUCCAAGAGCAAGCAGGGACUUCCAGUGGUGCUCCAGCGGCUGAGCCAAGUAUUACUGAUCAAGGGGUGUUUUUAUCUAAUUUGCUUCAUCAGAUCAUGCCAUACGUAUCUCAGCAAGCAAGUUCACAACAAAGUACUGUGCCUACAGAGGAAGCAAAUACUUCCACCCAGGCUGAGCACACUAGUCCUGGGAGUUCACGUAGACCAAGUGACUCUGAACCAAAUUCACCAAACUCAAAACGUCAGAAGACAGAGUAGCUUGUCAAGAGAAUGAGGAUUUGACUAGCUUCCCAUGGUUAUAAAAGGAAAUCGCUUUUUGUUGCAGAGAGAGUAGCUUAUGAAGAGAGGGAGGAUUUAACUAGGCUUCCCAUGGUUAUGAAAUGAAAUGGCGUCUUGUUGCAAGACAAAGUAACUUAUCAAAAGAUGGAGGAUUUAACUAAGCUUCCCAUGGUUGUGAAAUUUGUGAUUGCUGAUUUGAGCACUUGUUGGCACGAAAAGCGGCAUGACUUUUAUGUUAAAUGUGGUAUACCAUGUUUGUUGUAUUUCAAAUAUGGCAUUUGAUAAUUAGUAUAGGGAAAUAUGUUGUCACAGUUUUUGGUCUUUUGACUUGUACAAUAUAGUAAUAUGUUUUGCAUGGGGUUUUACUGGAUUUUUCCAUGUGUAGCCCCAUCCAUCAUCUAGCUUCUCUUGAGCGUCUGUGGCUUUUGAUUCCCGAUUUUAUUUUUGUACAUCCAAAUUGCAUCAUGGUUGCAUGGAAGAAUUCUGCAAGGGCAAGCUACUGCAUUGGCGGAUGUUAUGGGAACAUUUUGCUUUAACCAUUUACAUCUUCAGCAACUACAAUGCAAACCAUGAAGCGAACCUCUUACUCUCAUGCUUUAUUUAUGGUUUGAAAUAAUGUAAGAGCGUUCAAUUCUAAUGCUAAGCCAUCUUUUCUUGGCUCGA